AUGUCUGGCCAGGCGGUAGCUGCUGCCGACCAACCGAAACUCCUCUGGAAUUCCGAGAACGUCAAGGAUGUCGCCGAAUCCGUAGGCAUCUCGAGCAUCUCCGACGAAGCCCUUCGCUGCCUAACUCAAGAUGUCGAGUACCGCGUCGGUCAAGUAAUUGUUGAGUCGCUUAGGCUUAUGAGGGCCGCCCAUCGCACGACCCUUUCGGUGCAGGAUGUCAAUGCUGCCCUCCGCGUCCUCGAUGUUGAACCGCUCUACGGCUACGAGUCGACUCGACCACUUCGAUUUGGAGAAGCGAGUUUGGGUCCUGGACAACCCAUCUACUAUCUUGAAGAUGAGGAAGUCGACUUUGAGAAGUUGAUUAACGCUCCUCUGCCAAAGAUUCCUCGCGACACCACCCUCACAGCGCACUGGCUUGCCAUUGAAGGUGUACAGCCCGCGAUUCCCCAGAACCCCAUGCAGUCCGAUUCGAGAUCCAACGAACUCCUGCCCAAGGGCGCCGGCGCUAACCCCGCCUUGGCUGCGCUCGCCGGCAACGACAACCUUCCAAACCGGCCCCUCGUCAAGCAUGUAGUCAGCAAGGAAAUGGUCCUCUACUUUGAUAAGAUCCAAGCUGCACUUCUCGACGACAACCCAGACGAAGAAGUUGUGCGCCUCCGCCAGGCUGCUCUCGCCUCUGUCCGGGACGAUCCCGGUAUCCAUCAGCUUGUUCCUUACUUCAUCAACUUCGUCUCCGACCAGAUCACCCACCACCUCGACGACGUCUUUGUGCUCCGUCGCAUGAUGGAACUGACGGCGGCCUUGAUCGCCAACGAGACCCUCUUCCUCGAUCCCUACGCUAGUCCGCUGUCCGCUCCUGUUCUCACCUGCCUCCUGUCCCGUAAGCUCGGAUCGGAGGACGGCACGGAUGCCAUCAGAGAACAGUACCAGCUACGAGAGUUCUCCGCUUCUCUCGUCGGCGAGCUGGCGCGCCGAUACUCCGCUUCCAACCCACUCCUCCGAUCGAAGCUCACGCGGACUUGUCUCAAACACUUCCUUGAUCAGUCUAAGCCUGCUCCCGUCCUGUUCGGCGCCAUCGGCGGACUCGCUGCGGCAGGCGGCCCCGAAGCUGUGCGACUAAUCGCGCUCAAGACUCUGAAGAGCGUCAACGACGCCAUCCUCCACCCCCUCAAGGACAAGCCCGAAGCUAAGCUAGACUUUGAGAUGCUCACGGGCGGAAUCGUCAACGCCAUUUCCCUCAUCUCGAGCGAUCAGAUUUCCCUCGGCACCACGGCACCCACGACGAACGGAACCAUCUCCGACUCGGAUCGCACCGACCUUGUCGACUUCCUGGGUGACAUCAUCGCCCAGCGCGUCGUGGCCCUGGGCAAUCAUCAGCUCGUCAAGAAGAUUCUCGAGCGCGAGGAGGAAAAUGUUAUGUUCGAUGAAGCGAUGCGCAGACUUGCGCUGGAGUUUGGCGUCCUGGAUAUUGAGGAUGUGGAGGAGCCGGAGAUCAUGUACAUUAAUUACUAG